UAGCAAUCCUACUUCGGAGUCAAUCUUAAAACCAAGUAACCCUCGUCGUCGCAACACCCCUCUUCUCCGCAGGAAGCGGCGCAUAAAGGGCCCCUCUCGGCUUCUCUGUUCCUCGCGCCGUGCCCUAAACCCACCGUGUCGUCUCCGAUGGCGAAUCCCAUGGUGCGUUCUUUUCUUCAAGCUGUGUCCUCCGAGGAGGUUACGCCGCCUCUGCGAGUUGUUCAGAUGGAAGGGCUGGCCGUUCUGAAGAUAAUUAAACAUUGCAAUGAAUUCUCGCCAGCUCUUGUCACAGGUCAACUUCUUGGUUUAGAUGUUGGCAGUGUUCUUGAAGUGACCAAUUGUUUUCCUUUCCCGACAAGGGAAGAAGAUGAGGAAGUUGAAGCAGAUGGGGCCAACUAUCAGCUGGAAAUGAUGAGAUGUCUAAGAGAGGUUAAUGUGGACAAUAACACUGUGGGAUGGUACCAGUCGACUUUACUGGGAUCUUUCCAGACUGUGGAGCUGAUUGAAACAUUCAUGAAUUACCAGGAAAAUAUUCGAAGAUGUGUGUGUAUCAUAUAUGAUCCAUCAAGGUCUUCUCAAGGUGCUUUAGCUCUCAAGGCCUUGAAACUCACAGAUUCAUUUAUGGAUCUUUACCGCAACAAUAAUUUUACCGGGGAGAAGCUGAGAGAAAAGAAGCUUUCAUGGGUAGAUAUCUUUGAGGAGAUACCUAUUAAAGUUUCUAAUUCUGCACUUGUAAGUGCAUUCAUGACUGAAUUGGAGCCUGAAUCCCCCGUUGCACAGUGUGAUUAUGAUCGACUGAAGUUAUCCACUGCUCCAUACGUGGAAAGAAACCUAGAAUUUUUGAUUGAUUGCAUGGAAGAUCUUUCUGCGGAACAGAAUAAGUUCCAGUACUAUUACCGAAAUCUGUCAAGACAGCAAGCUCAACAGCAAGCGUGGCUUCAAAAAAGAAGGGUGGAGAACAUGGCACGGAAAGCGGCUGGGGAGGAACCACUGCCUGAGGAAGAUCCAUCAAAUCCCAUUUUCAAACCAAUACCAGAGCCAUCCCGUUUGGAUAGCUAUCUCAUAACAAAUCAGAUAUCCAACUACUGCAACCAGAUUAAUGGUGUUGCUGGUCAGAACUUUAACAGAUUAUACAUGAUAAAGGCUUUGCAAGAGAAUUAAAUCCAAGAUGGUGUACCGCAUGUGCGAUUGGAUGGGCUACGAAGAACAUCAUCUAUGGUAGUAACUGCCGUUAGCAAAGAUGUCAUUUUGAAGCAGUUCUUUCUUAUUACUUUUGGCAUUGAGAAUUUUGGUCAACUAACAUUUCAAUUGUGAAACUUUUGGUGGCAUUCCCCAGUUGACAUCACCAUAUGGUUGACAUAA